AUGCCGCAGUGGUUGGUCAUUGGAAUCUCGGGUGUCACCUGUGGUGGCAAGACGACCUUAGCCCACAGUUUACAUGAUUACUUCAAGGGUUUAAGUGGAGCUCCGCUAUGGAACUCCCCGUACACCAUUGGCGAAGUGCGUCUGAUCUCGCAGGAUGACUACUUUUUACCCGUGGAGGACAAGCGUCACCAACGAAAUGAGGCGUUAAAUGCCAUUAAUUUCGAACUCAUUACUUCGCUGGAUAUGGCUAAGAUGCUAAACGAUAUUGCGCACAUCAUCAAAGGGCGCCAUGUGGCCCCAGAGCCACCUGAGCAGUUGGUAACCUAUGCCAACUUUGAGCACUAUGCACUGCAGUUUCAGCAGCAGUACCACUACAAUGCGAACUACUACAAACAGGCGAACGGCGGAGCCUAUCAAUAUGUACCCCAACAGCAACAUCGACAUAAUCACCAUCAUCAUUCCCAGCAGCAACACCAUCAGCACCAAAUUCAACAGCAGCAGCAGCACAUCAUGCGAAUCAAUGCCCAAAUUGCCGCCCAGCUGAGGGACAAGAAGAUCAACUUCCUUCUGGUCGAGGGAUUCAUGAUAUUCAACCAGCCAGAGCUGCUGGCCCUUUGUAACCUCAAGUACCACUUUCACCUACCCUACGAAAAAUGCUUCGCGCGACGCAGCAAGCGAACCUACGACCCUCCGGAUGUCACGGGAUACUUUGAGCUCUGUGUUUGGCCACAUUACGAGAAGAACUUCAGUGAAUAUCGUGACUGCAAGGACAUUACAUUCCUCAAUGGUGAGAUUGCCAAGGAGAAGAUCUUCAAAUUUGUCCUCCAGCGCAUCGUCCACUACUUCGAGGAGCGCUGUGAGGUUCCAGUUCCUGCUCCAGUCGUUUGUCCACCGCAGCAAAAGCGAUUCGGUAUGCUUUACGUGGGUCCGAGCAAUAACAACGUAAUGCACACGGCUUGUCCCAUGGAGCAAUAAAUUUUCCUCGGAAACAGUGUACAAUAAAGGAAUAUUGUCUAGUAGUAGGAUAUUUAACGGUUCAAAAUUGUUUAAAUUACUUCCCUGAACCGUGGCUAAAAACCCUAUUGAAGUUUAAGAAGAUGUAGCUGUAAGUAAAUCUUAGGGUGGUUCGUUUUUUAAUUGACAAAAAAUAUCGUCUAUAUCAAUCUGUUGGACUAUUUUAACCGGUUUUAGAAGAAAAAUUUUAGAACUAAAUUAAAUUUUAGCCGCCGCAAAGUCCAAAGAAAAUUUCAGUAUUGUUUUGAAACAUUAUUUUUGCCCAACAAAAAAUGUCAAAGGUAUAUUUAAAAACAGUAACUAGCUUCUCCCAUAAAUUCAAAUCGACCCGCCCUAAAUUGCAACUUCAUUAAUUAGUCUUUAUUUCGUAUUAAGAUAGUUAUUAUGGGUGACAUGGUCUCUCUUGUGGAGAAUUCUCUUGUAACCAGAUUGUAAAAUGAAGAAACUCGGUUCAGGAAUUCAUAUUUAGCUGUGCUAACUAUUAUAAUUGUAUUGUUUACUAUUACGUCAUGGAAUUUUGCAAAACCCCAACGAGGCAUUUGGUGUGGGGCGUUUUUAUGGAGUCGAAAAGUUAUUGUACUAUAUAAUGGAUAUUUAUAUAUGCACCUUGUAAAUACCGCGUAGUGUAUAAUUACCAAAUUUAAACCUAGCUUUAAGACUAUGACCUAAUAGAAUUCUAUUUUUUCUUGUGCGAAACAAAACACACAUACGAAUAAACAAACAUUUAACCGCAA